UUGGGCCCCAUCAUAGUUCUCAUUGCAGAGGAAUAUGGGUGGAAAUUUUCUUGUUGGCUAACUACAGGAGUGAUGGUUAUUGCUUUUAUUUCGUUCUUAUGUGGCAGGUCCACCAACAACCUCGAUAAAGACAAGUCACCUAAAAGCCCCCUCACACGUGUGAUUCGUGUCUUUGUGGCUGCCAUGUUGAACAGAAAUCUUCAUUGCCCCAUGGACACAACCCAUCUCCAUGAAAAUCUUGAGAAGGAACAUGACCAUCUCUUGCCUCACACUAAUAGCCUAAGGUGCCUAGACAAAGCAGCCAUUCCUCCCAGCCCAGAGGAUGCAGAAGAAAACAAAUGGAGGUUAUGCAGAGUAACAGAAGUUGAGGAAAAUAAGCUUCUCUUGGGCACACUCCCCAUCUGGGUAACCUUAGUUAUGUGUGGGAUAGUAUUAUCAGUGCAACAAACUUUGUUUGUCGAGCAAGCAUACCACAUGGAACGUGCACUUGGCUCAGUAAAAGUUCCGGUCACAUCACUCUUCGUGUUGGCCGGACUAUCAAAGGCAGCAAUCUAUGGAGUUCACUUUACACCACUUGAUAGGAUAACCAUAUUAGGACAUGGAAUUACUCCCAAAUUACAGAUUGGUUUUGGGAUGUUCUCCUCAAUACUGUGCUGCAUGACUGCUGCUCUGGUGGAGAGGAGAAGGUUGGAUGCUUAUAACAGACACUAUUUUGUCAACGAAGAAAAUGAAGAAGACCCUAAAGCCGUCCAGAGAUAUAGUCCCAUGAUAAAAGGCGAAAAAAAUGAGAAUGACCCCAACAAUGGCAACAACAAUGACAAUGGUGAGGCAACAACAUCAGCAACAGAAAGAACAAUGACAACAGAAAUGGCAACAGUGGAACAACAGGAAUCAAGCACUCACAUUGCUAGUUCCGAGUACAUCUGA